AUCAAACCAAAUUUUAUUAAAUUUCUGUGGGGCAUUCUGUCUCCUAACAAAACUUGUUUAAUUUUUUUUUUUUUUUUACUUCUAAAACUUACCUGUAACUGACUGUGAAUAAACUUGUUUCUAUUCACUUUCACAGUGUUUUAUUUCCCAGUUCCUUUUUUUAAUCUAUAUCUUCUUGUUUUAAGAUGACAUAUUCAUACAGAUGAUACAAUGUUUUCUGAUUAUUUUCCCAACAGUCAAAUUGUUCUAGUUUGAUUACUUGAACAUAAUGAAUUUUGACUCUUCAUUUCUUAUAGAUGGAUUUUUCUCGACCUGAACUGUUUGAUUUCCAAGGAAUCUCAAUGACCAAGUAUCAUACAGACAAAUGGGAGAAAAUUCAAAACUUUCAGGCCAGGCCAAAUGAUAUAAUCAUUGCUUCAUACCCCAAAGCUGGAAGCACCUGGCUCUCCUACAUCCUCGACCUGCUGUAUUUUGGUCAGUCGUCUCCAGAGCGUCAGACAUCCAUACCUAUCUAUAGAAGAGCGAUAAACUUGGAGACAAACAUGUCCUAUUCACUGCCAGGAUCAGAGACUACACACAUUUUUAGAGGAACAGAGAUGUUGGACAAGCUCCCUACCUCUCCUCGACUCAUUAGGACUCAUCUUCCAGUCCAGUUAAUGCCAAACUCUUUUUGGGAGCAAAACUGCAAGGUGGUCUAUGUGGCUCGUAAUGCAAAGGACAGUGUGGUGUCUUAUUUCCAUUUUCAACGCAUGACCUUGAUGUUCCCAGAGCCUGAAGAAUGGAGCCGCUACCUCCAGAGAUUCAUGAAGGGAAAGAUGGUGUUUGGAUCCUGGUAUGACCACGUGAACGGCUGGUGGAAGAAGAAACAGAGUUAUUCAAAACUCCAUUUCAUGUUCUAUGAAGAUAUGAUUGAGGAUAUUGGACGUGAAAUGGACAAACUCUGCAGCUUCCUUGGUUUGUCUCCUUCAGCUGAAGAGAAGGAAAGAAUUAUAGACAGCGUGCAGUUUGACGAAAUGAAAACCAACGACAUGGUCAACUUUUCAGGAUUUGUCAAACAGAUGAAUUUCAAAGUUUCAUCUUUCAUAAGAAAAGGGAAGGUUGGUGACUGGAAGAACCAUUUCACUGUGGCCCAGAAUGAAGAGUUUGACGAAGACUAUGGGGAAAAGAUGAAGGACUCCACACUGCAGUUUCGUACUGAAGUUUAGAGGCCCAGUCUUGGUGUGUGUAACAAAGAAUCCUGACAUGACAAAAUACACUAAUCUUGUGUAUGCUUUGAUUAAAAUGUUAAAUGUAAUUGACUUUUGGGGUACUUGGGUAUUUUUACUCCUAUUUAAGGAUACACUAAAAUAUGCUUUUAAAAUUAAAUUUUGCUUCCAGCAAUCAUUUCUGUUUCUCU